CCCCUAUAAAUGCAUCCAAAUACAAGAAGCACCACAGCAAUAGAGGGAGGAAGAGAAUCAAUGGAGAAGCAAAGUGAAGUGAAGUUGUUUGGGACAUGGUCUAGUGGCUACUGCACCAGAAUUAAGUUAGCUCUCAAACUCAAGGGCAUACCCUACGAGUACGUAGAAGAAGACCUAUCUAACAAGAGCGACUUGCUGAUUCACCACAAUCCUGUCCACAAGAAGGUGCCCGUACUCGUCCACAAUGGGAAAGCCAUUGCAGAAUCGCUCGUCAUCCUUGAAUACAUUGAUGAGCACUGGAACCACACUCCCAAAUUGUUGCCGGAGGAUCCAUAUGAGAGAGCUAAAGUUCGAUUCUGGGCCAACUUUUAUGAUCAGAAGUUUAAGCCAAGUAUCUACAACAUCAUGACUUCCAAAGGCAAAGAGCAAGAAAAAGCCAUAGAGGACUCCCGUGAGGUGCUUAUGGUGUUUGAAGAAGGCAUAGAGAGAGAUUUCCCAGCAAAAUCUCCAUUCUUGAAUGGAGGCCCCUUGGGAUUCCUCGAUAUUGUGGUGGGAUCAAGUGCUUGCAAUUACAAAGCUAUGAAUGAGGUAGUUGGUGUGGUUGUCGACCCCAAAAAGAACCCUGCAUUUUGCUAUUGGAUGGCUGCGAUGAAAGACUGCCCACUGAUGAAGGAGACCCUCCCACCUCAUGAUCGCCUGGUUGCCAAGAUGAGAUCCAAAUUCUCUCUGCAGCCACCUAAAACUUGAAUAUUGUGGGAAAGAUUAUCAAGUUUCUACUUUCUACCAUGAAAUAAAGAUAUGCCUGAAGUUGUAUUAAACUAUAAAUGGACUUGUGUAUGCCCUGUUACCAAAUAAAUAAAAUAAUAAAAGUUUGGUAAAUGAAA